AUGAUUCUGCGACCAAUAGCUUUACGGCAGGGCCACAGAGCGGUGGCCAGGCCUGUCCGAUGCCUUCACUCGUCGGCCACUCACCUGCAACACCCCCAGCAAUCCAUUGAUCCCGACUCGUACUCGUUCUCCUCGCGCGUUCAGCCUCCCGUGGACGGCGACCAGAUUGCGAGAGACUAUCGCGCCUUCAAGCAUCACCAGGAAGUCACAAACUCCAUCGGUUCCGUCGUUGCUCCCAAAUACCAGCCGCAUACCCAAAUCACAAAACCCCCGACGCCCGAAGACAUCUCGCUCGAACUCCUCCUUGCCUCGCAAACACAUCUGGGGCAUUCCACCUCGCUCUGGAACCCCGCCAAUGCCCGCUACAUCUUUGGUGUGCGUCAGGGUGUUCAUAUUAUCUCGCUCGACCAGACCGCCUCCCACUUGCGCAGAGCAUGUGCCGUCGUCCGUGGCGUUGCUCAGCGUGGCGGCUUGAUCCUGUUUGUUGGUACCCGUGAAGGCCAGGAGAGAAUCGUCGUCAAGGCUGCUGAACUGGCAGGUGGCUGUCAUUUGUUCGAUCGCUGGAUUCCUGGAAGCAUUACCAAUGGCCCUCAAAUUCUUGGCAGAUGUCGCACGAGGGUUGUUGACGAGAACGACAAGGAGAUCAAGGGCUUCGAGGAGCAGCUCGAGGCAAAGGGUGCUCUUAAGCCCGAUUUGGUCGUCUGCUUGAACCCCAUCGAGAACUACGUCCUGCUGCACGAGUGCGGUCUCAACAACAUCCCUACUAUUGGUGUUGUCGACACUGACGCAAACCCUACUUGGGUCACUUACCCUAUCCCAGCCAACGAUGACAGUCUCCGUUCCAUCAACCUCAUUGGAGGUGUCCUUGGUCGUGCUGCAGAGUCCGGCAAGAAGUGGCGUCUGGGCAAGGCUGCCACUGGCAAUGUCACAUACGCAGCUAGCCACAACUUGAACCCCCCAACAGCUGACCAAAUCGCCGCUGCCCACGCAGCCGAGCGCUCGUUUGCCAAGAAUGACCCCUUCAAGCAAGAUUCUGAUCAACGUAUUGUUACCUCGGCCGCUCCUGCCGAAGAGGACGUCAGGAUUCAAGAGAAGGUCGGCAUGACUAUGAUGAGUGCAUAUGAAUAUGCCCAAUUCGCAGACUUCGACCAGGAAGCUGUUGGUGCUGCUUUCGACAUGCACUCUCCCGACAGUAAAGCUCCGGAGUCGACAGAGCUCGCCGAACUGAGAGAGAAGCUGCGCCGUAGCCGUGCUGCCUUCGACCUGCCUUCUGAUGGCGAGCCAUCUUACUUUGAGAGCAAGCAGGUUGACCCAGAGAUGGGAGCUGAGCUUGAAGAAGAGGCGCAGAGCAUUAUGGAUGAGCCCAUGACUCAACAGGAAGCUGCUGCGCUACACUCCCAGGAAGGUGGCAAGGGUCAGAACCCCUACGAGGGUGGUAGUUACCGUGGCGCUCUCAAGAUUCGCAAGAAUGCUGUCGACCCUACUCUUAGCAGAAUGAUCGCCCUCAAGAGAAAAGCGUACGGCGAGGAGCUGUCUGCUGAGGACACCGAGGUGCUACGCAAGCUCGACGAGGCAGCCAAGAGCAAGCCUGCGCUUGACGAGGGUGACUUGGCUCUCAGACGCACUUCGUAG